UUAUGCUCUGCACCAUGGGAAGGGGCGCCGUCUUGCCGAUCAUGUACCCAAACGAGUAUCCCUGCAAUUACCUGUUCUACAGUGACGUGAUCAUCGUGAAGGACAAGAUACACGGAGCUGAAGUACAGACCAGCUGGAUCACCUUCCAGCAGAGGGCCGUUAACUACACGCGGAUUCUGCCCGGCAUUUCCUUCGACUACCGGUACCUCACUGAAUCGAAGUUGAAGUCGGCCGAUGCUCAUCUCAACGAGCUGCAGAAGAGCGGUAACAUUAGGAGCUACGGCAUUCUCAACCACCUCACGAAACCGAAUGAAACGAAAAAGCUGUAUUCACUAAAAGCAGCUUUAAAGGAACUAUCGAAAAGGACUUCGCAUGACCCAGAGCGCAUUGUCGCCCUCGCAUUUGGAUCCAUCGACUACAGCGGACCGAAUUACAUGAAUGUCUUCAAGAAAGAGUUCCAGAAAGUUGUCAACGAGUUCGACGUUGACAUUGUGAUCGCCAUAACCUCAGUGAGUAGGAUGGAAGACAGUGACUCCUGCCUCGCAGCACCGCCAGGUGUCUACAUCAGCCCGAACCGUAGGUUCCCAGACCUGGCGAGCCAUUGGGAAUUGAUAAGCACCAAAAUGUCGUACAAGUACAAUGCGAUAGUGGGCCUCUCUUUCGAGUUGGGAACGAUGUUGUACGUGCUCAAAGCCAAUGUCACCAAAAUUGAAGAUGCCAUCUACGCACCCUGCACACAUUGGGGCAUGGCUUCAAAAUCUGCGGUCUGUGGCCUACUGCAGAAGGCUCUCUGGGUAGAGCUCAACAUGUACAUUUACGGAUCAUUCAGCUCCAACGUCACAAAGUCGGACAUCGCCUUCGGUGAACAUAUCGGAUCAUGUGGAGACAGGUGGAGAAUUACCCGCGGGGAACGCAAAGCACUAGGCGAGAUAAUUCGGCCCCGUCUGGCGAUGCUGCUCUACAAUCUGCACCUAGAUGACUUCCAGAGGUUUUGCACCUAUCCACCUUUCUCAGUCGCUAGCAGGGCCACUUCGCAACUUGAGUAUCAAGAAUGAUCGUGCUCGUGAACAGGCCCCUGACCCGACGGCAUCCUUCACGCCGCAUGUAGCGGGCGAUACGGUAGAUGACAUUGUCAUUAAACUAUU